GCUGCGUGCAGGGAAAGUUUUGCUGCGACCGGAGGCGUUAGGAGGAGGGGGAGAGAGCGGAGCUCCCUCAGCCCCGGGCGCGCAGCCACCGCCGGAGGAGGAGACCCGGGAGCAGCCGCCGGCUCCCAGCCAGACCCCGGGCACUUUCUCCGCCACGCACAUGGGGUGGGAGCCGCUGCCAGCCGCUGGGGAGCGCGGAGCCCGGAGUCCCUUAGCCCCAGCGCCGCCGCCGCCGCCGCCUGGUGCCCGGGUAGCAGCUCAGCAUGGUGCGCGGACCCGGGGAGAGGAGCUGAGCGCCGCCGGAGGAACGAGGGAAGAGCCGCGCCGAGCCCCCGGGAUUAGUUCCCAGCCCCGGAUGGGGGACUGGAUCCGCCGGCCUCGGGCAGCAGCCGCUGUCCUGGUGCUGCUCCUCGCCCGCUUCUCCCUCAGCGCCGCCGUGGAGGAGAAGAAAGUUUGCCAAGGAACAAGUAACAAGCUGGCCCAGCUGGGGAACAUGGAGUACCAUUUCAUCAGCCUGCAAAGGAUAUAUAACAAUUGUGAGGUGGUCCUUGGCAAUCUGGAGAUCACAUAUGUGACACGCAAUCAUGAUCUUUCGUUCCUGAAGACCAUACAGGAGGUUGCAGGCUAUGUGUUAAUAGCACUCAACAACGUGGAUAGCAUUCCACUGGACAAUCUCCAGAUCAUCCGAGGAAACGUGCUUUAUGAGAACUUUUACGCACUGGCAAUUUUUUCCAAUUAUCACACAAAUAUAAAUAAAACCAGUGGACUCAGGAAUCUGCCAAUGAAACGAUUAUCAGAAAUUCUUAAUGGAGGAGUUAAAAUCAGCAACAAUCCACAACUGUGCAACAUGGACACAGUUCUGUGGGACGACAUUAUUGAUUUGAACAAAAAACCUGUAAUACAGUUGGAAUAUCAAAAUAAUCUGGCUGAUUGUUCCAAGUGUCAUCCAAAUUGUACAGAAGACCACUGUUGGGGUGCCGGCAUAGAGAACUGCCAGACAUUAACAAAAGUCAUCUGUGCCCAGCAGUGUUCAGGCCGAUGCAGAGGAAGGGUGCCCAGUGACUGUUGUCAUAACCAGUGUGCCGCUGGUUGUACAGGGCCUCGCGAGAGUGACUGUCUGGCAUGCCGCAAGUUUCGCGAUGAAGCGAUGUGCAAGGAUACUUGUCCACCGUUAGUGCUGUACAACCCGACCACCUAUCAGAUGGAUGUCAACCCAGAUGGAAAAUACAGCUUUGGAGCCACUUGCGUGAGAGAAUGUCCACAUAACUAUGUGGUUACAGACCACGGCUCGUGUGUUCGCUCGUGUAAUAUCGAUACCUAUGAAGUGGAAGAAAACGGUGUUCGGAAAUGUAAAAAAUGUGACGGGCCAUGUAGCAAAGUCUGCAAUGGGAUUGGAAUAGGUGAACUGAAAGGGAUUCUCUCCAUAAAUGCUACAAAUAUUGACUCUUUCAAAAAUUGUACCAAGAUCAAUGGGGAUGUCAGCAUUCUGCCAGUAGCAUUUCUAGGUGAUGCCUUCACCAACACGCAACCACUGGACCCAAAGAAACUGGAUAUCUUCAAAACAGUAAAAGAAAUAUCAGGAUUUUUGUUGAUUCAAGACUGGCCUGCAAAUGCCACAGAUCUCUCUGCUUUUGAAAAUCUGGAGAUUAUACGAGGCAGAACAAAGCAACAUGGUCACUAUUCUCUUGCCAUUGUUAACCUAAAGAUACACUCUCUGGGAUUGCGCUCCCUCAAGGAAAUAAGUGAUGGUGAUGUCGCCAUUAUGAAAAACAAGAACCUCUGCUAUGCUGAGACAAUGAACUGGAAUAAGCUCUUUGUGAUAGAAACUCAGAAAACAAAAAUCAUAUCCAACAGAAAUCAAGACGAAUGCACUGCUGCAAAACAUGUUUGUGACCCCUUAUGCUCAGAAGUAGGCUGCUGGGGUCCAGGGCCCUUCCAUUGCUUUUCCUGUCAUCAUUUCAGUCGCCAAAGGGAAUGUGUGAAAAAAUGCAAUGUUAUGCAAGGGGAGCCAAGAGAAUUUGAAAGAGAAUCUGAAUGUCUUCAGUGUCACCCAGAAUGCCUGGUGCAAAAUUCAACUGCCUACAAUGCAACCUGCACAGGACCUGGUCCUGACAACUGCAUGAAGUGUGCCCACUAUAUAGAUGGCCCUCACUGUGUUAAAUCCUGCCCUGCUGGAGUUCUGGGUGAAAAUGAUACACUAGUCUGGAAAUACGCUGAUGAAAAUUCAGUGUGUCAGCUCUGUCAUCCGAAUUGUACACGUGGGUGCAAAGGACCAGGUCUUGAAGGCUGUCCAUUGGGCUCCAAAAUCCCAUCCAUUGCAGCUGGUGUUGUGGGAAGUAUCCUUUGUUUGGUUGUGAUAGCCUUGGUCAUAGGGCUUUACAUGCGCAGACGUCACAUAGUUAGAAAGCGUACAUUGCGCAGGCUGCUUCAGGAAAGGGAGCUUGUUGAACCUCUAACACCAAGUGGCGAGGCGCCAAACCAAGCUCUUCUGAGGAUUCUAAAGGAAACAGAAUUUAAAAAGGUCAAAGUUCUAGGCUCUGGAGCUUUUGGUACUGUUUAUAAGGGGCUCUGGAUUCCAGAAGGAGAGAAGGUUAAAAUUCCUGUUGCUAUUAAGGAAUUGAGAGAGGCUACCUCCCCAAAAGCCAACAAGGAAAUACUUGAUGAAGCUUAUGUGAUGGCUAGCGUUGACAAUCCCCAUGUGUGCCGCUUGCUGGGAAUCUGCCUUACUUCUACCGUCCAGCUUAUUACACAGCUAAUGCCUUAUGGCUGCCUCCUUGACUACAUCCGAGAGCACAAGGACAACAUUGGCUCCCAGUACCUUCUCAACUGGUGUGUGCAGAUUGCAAAGGGAAUGAGCUACUUGGAAGAACGUCGCUUGGUGCACCGUGAUCUGGCUGCCAGGAAUGUCCUUGUGAAGACUCCUCAACAUGUGAAGAUCACUGACUUUGGACUGGCAAAACUGCUUGGUGCUGAGGAAAAAGAGUACCAUGCAGAAGGAGGCAAAGUUCCUAUCAAAUGGAUGGCUUUGGAGUCCAUUUUACACAGAAUCUACACCCAUCAAAGUGAUGUCUGGAGUUACGGUGUCACCGUUUGGGAAUUAAUGACAUUUGGAUCAAAACCGUAUGAUGGCAUCCCAGCCAGUGAAAUUUCAUCUGUCUUGGAGAAGGGCGAGCGUUUGCCCCAGCCUCCUAUCUGUACUAUUGAUGUCUACAUGAUCAUGGUCAAAUGCUGGAUGAUAGAUGCAGACAGUCGCCCCAAGUUUCGUGAGCUGAUAUCAGAAUUCUCCAAAAUGGCUCGAGACCCUCAGCGCUAUCUUGUUAUACAGGGAGAUGAAAGAAUGCACUUGCCAAGCCCUACAGACUCCAAGUUUUAUCGGACUUUGAUGGAAGAGGAGGACAUGGAGGACAUUGUUGAUGCAGAUGAGUACCUCAUUCCACACCAGGGAUUUUUCAACAGCCCCUCCACAUCCCGGACUCCCCUCUUGAGUUCAUUGAGUGCUACCAGCAACAAUUCAGCCACAACCUGCAUUGAUAGAAAUGGGCAGGGAUACUCUGUGAAGGAUGACAGCUUUGUCCAGCGCUACAGUUCAGAUCCAACUGGCAUCUUCUUGGAAGACAGCAUAGAUGAUGGCUUCCUGCCUGCUCCAGAAUAUGUCAAUCAGUCAAUCCCCCAAAAAACAUCGGCAUUUGUAGUACAGAAUCAAAUCUACAACAACAUCUUCCUCCCAGUAAACCCAAAGCCCUCUACAGCUUCAAGCUAUCAGAAUUCUCACAGCACAGCAGUUGACAACCCAGAGUAUCUCAACGCAAACCAGUCUCCUUUUGUCAAAACGGUUUUUGAGAGUUCCCCCUACUGGGACCAAACAGCCAAUCACCAAAUGAAUCUGGACAAUCCUGACUACCAACAGGACUACUUUCCUAAGGAAACUAAGCCUAAUGGCAUCUUUAAAGUUCCUGCAGCAGAAAAUUCUGAAUACUUAAGGGUAGCAGCACCAAAAAAUGAAUACAUUGAAGCCUCAGCAUGACCACAGAAAAACUCUCUCUUCUUGCAGUAAUACAAACUAAAAUCCAGAUGAACAACCUGGCUGCUGCAGGAUCAAGCUAUGAACUGACAGAAGAGCAAUCACAAUUCACUGACAGACACGCUUUUCCUUUCAAGCCGGUGGGCUGAAUUCACCAAGCUCAUUUUACUAUAUAUUUUGAGCUUUUCCUUGUCCAUCCACAUACAUAACGUAGGCACAUACCGUACACAUGCAUGCAUGUUGGACUAGAGCAAGAACUUCCUGCAGAUAAGAAAUUGCAGAUGCAUUCCUUUUUAUUUUCAAAUGGUAGCAUUAUAAAAAGCCAUUUUGGGAUUAACUGUAAGAAUUCCUUUCUACAAUGCAUAUUUUUAUAAACAUUUCUAAUGGAAUUUUUGGAUCUUUUACAAGAUGAGACGCUUGUUGUACUGUUAUGUGACUCUCGGACCACAAGGGGAAAAAAGAAGCAAUACGUUAUUAAAUCCCCUGAGAAGAGGUUGUUGUUUUUUUUCUUUCAAACUCUUGAAAGUUGAAUAGCUGUUCCAAAUUAUUGGAUCUUAAAUAUUGACUUCAUUUACUGUACUGGUACAAACAGAGGGGGAAAAUGAGUCAGAGAGAAGUGUGAAGAUUCUGCUUGAUGAAGUCGUUUUUAAAAUGGAACAGGUUGGUGAAAUUUUAUAACCCGCAGUGUAUUUAGCACAAGGACUGGAUGGCAGCACACAUUACUUUACUGACCACUACUGUUGGAGACCAGCAGGAAGAACUCAGCACACAGAAGAGUUGUUUGUAAAUGUUUAUAAAAUACUCACAAGUCUGUUUUCUGUAUGUUGAAUGCAAGCCUUUUUUUUUUAUUCUAUUGGCUAGCUCUAGAUUUGUCAAAUUACAUUUUUAACAAAAAUUUUAAAGAUGUUGCUAUGACUGAAAAAUGAAGUGUCAGUUCCCUUUGUCUCAAUUUCAUUUGGACAGACUUUCCAUAAAGAGCAAGGAAAUGCAAAAGGUGUUAAUUGGGUUAUUUAUGAGAGAGCUGGUGAUCAGAAUGCAACUGCACUAAAUUAAACUUGGCUAAGACAAAAAUGCAAAAAAAUGCAACCUAAGGAAAUGAGAUUUUGUUGGUUUUUUUUUAAAUAGCUCAGUCAAAAUACGUUUUUCCUGUAUAAAAAUUGCAAAGAAAAGGGGGGAAAAUACAACAGUAUACUCUGUUAAACUUGUGGCAGAAUAUUGCCAAUUGUUGUAUCAUUGUGCAGGAGUCUGUUGUCUCUUACACGACUGCAGCUGCUGUAUUAGGGUGAUCUUCUUUUAUGCGAGGUAUAAAGAAAAUACAGAGAUAAUUGAUCAAAGAAGAAAAAGAAUAGUCUGAGGUGUUUGAAUGCAGUUGCUUAGUUUACUCUUCUGAAAUCAGGGGCUGGGAAUGCCACAGGCUUCUUUGAAGUCCAAGCCUGGUUGUCUAAUUGUCACAGUGGAAUAGUCCAAAUCAAUAUUUGGUUUAAUAAUAAAUAUACAAUAUAUCUAUUGUACAUAAAACCAUUGUAGCACAAAAAGUUACAGAGAUUGGUUCUCUUUAAGUUGUGUGUAGUUUUUAAAACUCCUGCAGUUCUUUUAAUACCUUUUGUUAACAUUUUUGCUGUCUUCUUUGAAAGGAGUAGGAAAAAAAUGGUUAAAGCAUUCAUUCAAAGAGUAAUAGUAAUAUGGAGGCAUCCCUCCAUGGCCUUGGUGGAAGGAAUAUUUUAGCCAAAUAGUUGGAUCUGAAGCGAGAUUUGAAUCAAGCGAUUUGCAUGCUAAGAGCCAUAAUUAAUAGUUAAUCAUUGGAAAAUUACUUGAUGACAUAAAAACUCAAGUACAAAAAAUAUGUAACAUUUAUACUUGAGACAUCAAUGCAACCUAUAGCAUCAGGGAAUGGUCAAAUUUCACUCCUCCUCUGCUAUGUUUGGAAUACCUCAACGUAAAUUCCAGUUGAAAUAUUGCAUUUGAGUCCAGAAUCAGGCCCAAAACCCUUAAAAUGUUGUCAUGGCAGGUUUGUUGGGGGGUGGGGGCAUGAAGACUGGCAGUGUAAAAUCUCUCAUGUUAGAUCAAUGCAAUGCAGGCUGUCAUUGAAAACCAGUACACGUAUAAUAAUGUGUCUCUAACAGUACAAGGUCUGGAGCUGGAGCGGAAAUGUGAUCAAUGUAUUGUCAUCCUCUUUGGGCACAUCUCACUCACAAUGAUUGAAGCCCAGCCACAACCUUACAGAGAAUAUGUAACAACUUGUAUUAUUUCCUUGUAACUAAAACACGGAAAAAAAUUCUGCUCUCAAGUACACUUUUCCUCUGAUCUAUACUUGUGUACCUGAGAGCAAAAGUUUGUCCCAAUACCAUGUUCAAAAUGUGCCAGAUACACACAUGCUCACAUAGACAUACACAGUCAUUUUAGCAAUCUUUUUUUUUUCCCCAUUAACAAACUCACAAGGGGAUUAUAUGUUUGUCAAAUGACUUUCCAACAGAAGUUAUGGAUCAUUUACUAAGUCUACUACUCAAAGCAAUACAGUACUAUAUCUUCUCCGACAGUCUUCCCAAUGCUAUUCCCAAAAUGUUUCCGUGACAUUUUUAGCUUUUAAAAAUGGUUAUUAAAAUAAAAAAAGUAGCACUAUAAGUUACCAGCAUUAUGUAGCAUGGAAACUAUUUAAUACAGAUUAACCUCUCUACAUUUUUUAAAUGGUUCCUGGAGGAUUUUGUAACAUGACCACCGUGAAAGCCAAUGAGAGUCACACAGCUAUAUCCUUUAAGAGUGUUUAAGAAAUCUAAGGUUGAGUUCUCUUUUUUAUUUAUUUUUUAAUGGAAAACAUAGCAGAGAGAAUAUGGGAGCCAGCUUCUGAUGCAAGACUGUCUGUAAUUUAUGAACUGUCCUAAUUUAUGUAGUACAGACUCUAGGUUUAUGAACUAACAAUAUUUUUAAAUAAUUCUGAUAAAUGCGUCGUGAUUUCCUAAUAGGGAGCCCUAAGUUAUUCAGACCCCAGCAGAAAAGAAGGGCAAUGAGCACAUUAGCAUGUCAGCUCAGCUUCAUUGUACCAAACCAUUUCAAUGCACUUAAAAUAAGUAAAUGUGUGGUUUAAAUGAUCUGUUUUUUUUUUUUUUUACUGGAGCACUCAAAUUGUGCAGCAGCAAAGAUUCCACUUUAUAUUGUAGAGAUCUAAAUGAAUCCAUGGGAGUUAUGCAUCACUUUCACCUUUGUUGUGGAAUCCUGAUACUCUGCUGUUAUACUGUAUCCAGGAUUAUAACUCUUCUCCUUCUGCAUCUCAGGCAAUUUAGUCAGGCCUCUCUAUAGCUGAGAUAAAGGUGAACCAUCUCAGCUGGUAGUAAUCUAAAAUCCCAUAUCCUUUCAGUGGGAAGUCACUAGAGGGCAACAGUGAGCAUAUACGCCUGUACACAGGCAUAAAGGCAAUGAUAAAUUACACUUCAAGAUCUCUUACAGAUCACCUCCCCUAGAGUGUGCUAGAUUUCAGUGUAAAUCGUACAGUUUCAUAUGAUGACUAUGAAACAGCUGUGCGUCACCACUCAGUGAUCUACUAUAAAACAAUCAAACCAACCUAAGUGGCCAGUGAAGUAUCACAAAGCCCACCUAGCUUUAUCUGUCCAUAACCAGUUUGCUAGAAGAUUUAUGAAUCUAGCCCCAGGAUCCAACUGAUAUGAAACAGACUGUAGGUAUAAUUGAACAAUAUUUCACUGGUAUCCAAGUUGCUCACUUGUCUUUGUCACACGAGGUUAUUAGUUGCUGUGUUGGAAUGGGAUUUUGUAUUAUAGAGAAGGUCUGUAUAACAAGAAAUGAUUUUUAUUAUAUUUAAAGUGUGUUUACAGAUGUAUUGCUAUAUAAAUUAUUGCAGCACUAGAGUAGAACCUAAUUAUAACGUAGACUAUAUAUAUGUAUAUAUUGCAUUUUUCCUGGGCAUUCAGAGUGGUCUCCAUUAUAAAGUGAUCAGAGCUCCUCCAGUUUAAAACUAGGAGAGUAGCUAAAGGGGGAAUCUUCUUGCAAUAUCUGAGCAAAACUCAGAUUCUCCUUUUGAGCAGUUUGCAAGGAAAUUAAAAUUGCAAGUUGAUUAAUAAUAAAGCAGCAGCAAUUAUGCCAUUAUGAUUAAGAGUCUGUAGUCAGGUCCAUUAUAAAAGAGUUUCCCUAAAUACUAAUACAUGAUAGACCGAACCAUUUUAAAGAGUGGUCUAUCAGGAGUUGUGUGCAUAAAAUGUCUUUUUAAAAAAUAUGCCUGAAUAGAGACAGAUCCACCAGAGCACAACAGCUUUUAAAGGAUCAUAGACUCUCACAUGGGAAGGAGUUUUAAAAUACUGCCUCUAAUUUCUCACAUAAAGAGGAGUGACUCUGAACAGCAUUGUGUGUACUUACUUAAUUGGCUGCAAAUUGUUUUGUUUUGCACUGGGAAGGAGUUGGCUUGGGAAAUUUGGAAAAUGUUUCAGUAUAUCAUAUAAAGUGAACUUUCUGCAGGGUCCGAUGCCGUUGUCUCAUUUUCAAGUGAAGCGAAAUAACCUGAUGAAUUUCUUUGGUUAGAGCACGUUGGAAUACAUGGCACUCCUCAAGUUUUUUUAAUCUUUAAGGUUGAUUUGCUGCUCCUUCCUAUCCCAUUCAGCUAAUCUUUAGGGCCCUGAAGUGAUAGAUAGUAUUGCAUUUCCUCUAAAAGGAAACAAGCCUGCAUGGGAUGAGGAGGCUGUAGGCAGAAUUAUAUAGAGGGACCAUAGCCAGGGAAUCUACACACAAUACAGAUCCACUAGCCCAGAAUUUUCUUAGAGGGGAAGGCACAGCAGUCAUUGCCAACUGCUUCAGCUCAAGAUGAUAGCAGCAAUUAUGAGUGGCUAAGCAGGUGCACUAUGCCCUACCUGCUGAUUGGGAGGAAAAUCCUCUCAACCGUCACAUAGGUUUGAGGGUUUUUGUUUUUGUUUUUUGUUUUGGUUUGGGUUUUUUUGGUGCAAAACCCAUUUACUCAGGUUUUGUGCUACAAAUGUGAAUUGUAUCCUAUGCACAGAAGAUCAAGUAUGUGUAUUCCAGAUCCAAUUUAACAGGACCACAAGACUUCAAAUGAUUCAAGCGCUUCAUACUGAGAAGUGCAUGAGGUGUUCUCAGUCUGUCUGGUGAUAAAUAACUGAAUGUCAAUGAUACUUUGCAUUUCCUGACAAGCAUUCAUUUUUCAGGUUAGAAGUUUAACAUCUACUAUAGCACACAAGCUGCUACCUCUUCAUUGUCUGCUGGUAAAAUUGCGCUAGCUUUUUCUUUUUUUCUUUUUCUUUUUUUUAAAAAAAAAACAACACAUUUCUCUGUGAGAAAACACUUUAGACAGGACAAAAUGAGAAAAUGUAUCUCUUUGUAUUCCCCUUCCUGAAGAAAAUGUACAGUAAUGUAAUUUUAAACUCUGUAUAGUUAUACUGCCAAGCGGGACACUUCACCCGAGUGUUUUGUAAUGUUGUUGUUAAAUCACCACUAAACCGGAUUUUUAUAUUGAAAUCCCAUUUUUUUAGCUUUGCUUUCCCAAUAAGUUUUGUUUCUCUCUGCUCUAAUAGAUGCCUUUUAAAAGUCUUUUUAAAAAAAAUAAAAUAAGGAAAAAAUUUAAGAAAAAGAAAAACAAGACACCUUUACGUAACUUUUUAAGUGGGUUGCAUUAGGACCAAAGAGAGUAUGUCUUAUUUUCUUGCUUUAAAGUAAUAAGUCAAAAUGCCAAUCGAUCACCUCUUUCACAGUUUCUUAUUGGGGGCGGAGAGGGGGAAUCAUUGCCCCCUAAUCCUGCAAAAGGAUCUGCACUGAGCCCCACUGAAGUCACUGGGGCUCUUCAUGAGAACAAGGAUCUGCCCACAGAGAUCCAACUGGAGCCAUGCAUAGCACGUGGGCCAAAUCUGAUGUCUUUAUUCAAUUUUGACAUGUGGUCUGCUCAGUCAAAACUCUUGUUAAAUUAAGGGGAGUUUGGACCAAACAGGGUCUGACUGAAAACUGAACAAGGACGUCAGGUUUUGGAAGUGUCAGGAAAAAAAAAUGUGAGUGGAAAAUAAUGAAGUGGUUGUAUCACUGCUUUUCAUCUGGGGAAGGUUGUAGGCAGAUAAGACUGUCACUUUGCAAGCAUGUUUUUGAUUACAUUAUUUCUUUCAAUAUGGGGUGCGAACUAAAAGCAUGAGAUUUUCAUGACUGACUUUUAUCUCCCUGCCAGACAUUCUGCCUGCUUUGAACACUGCACAGGUUUUCAGGGCAUCAGUAUUUCCUUA